AUGACUUCCCGCAUCGACAAGACCAUCGCCCGCCAGCGAGAAAAGAUCGCGGCGGGAGCUUACUACGAGGCACACCAGCAACUACGUGUCAUUGCGGCGCGCUACAUCAAGCAGUCCAACUACGAUGCCGCUGCGGAGUUACUGGCAGGCGGGGCGACGGCUCUGUUGAGGGCUGGUUCUCAGCAGGGUGCGUCGGCGAGUGGUGGUGAUUUGGCGAUUAUGUUGGUUGUGGAAGUUUACAACAAGGCUGAGUGGGAAAUUCAGGGUGGUGAUAAUGAUACAGAGGGUCGGGCGCGGAAGAAGCGUCUCAUCGAGCUUCUGCGUGAGUUCCCGUCGGAAGAACCUACGAGAAAGCGUUAUAUUCAGGAGAUCAUUGGGUGGAGUGGACGGCAUGGGCCUCUGGAACGUGGAGAUGCCGAGCUACACCAUGCUGUUGGCUCGGUUUACGCAGAAGAUAACGAGCCUUACGAUGCCGAGAGACACCUCGUACUCGGAACCUCCGAAUCUGCAGAGACUCUGGCCAAACUCGAGUACGAGUGGUACACGCAUGAUGAACCACACACGGCCGCCCUAUACGCAUCCCGCGCCGUCUUCCCCUACCUCGUGACCGGUAACAUCCGGAGCGCAAACAAGGCCCUCCUCAUCUUCACCUCUCGUCUUUCAACCGCGAACCCUUCCCUCGCCGUGCAGGACGUCAGCAGCUCCAGCUCUGAUAUGCGCCUCUACCCCGCGCUCCCGCUGCUCAACUUCCUCAGCCUGCUGAUGCUCACUAUCCAGCGGGCUAGCGCGGACCUCUUCAAGCAGCUGACGGCCAAGUAUGCGGUAGAGAUCCGGGAGGUGGGUAUUUGGGAUGAUUUCCUGGCGCAGAUUGGCGAGCAGUACUUUAGUAUCAAGAUCCCUCGGCAAGGGAACCCGUUGUUGGAUAUGAUGGGUAGUAUGCUCUUCGGCGGUGGUCAGGGUCAGGGCCAGGCUGGUGGGAGAUCCACGAAGAAGGUCGAGGCGCCUCCUUCGAGCAUGGAGCUUGACUAG